CGUGAAACACAUUUUGUCGUGCUUUACAGUUUACUCUACAUACCCCUCUCUUCCUCAAACCUCACCUCUUUAUUUCGAAAGUCUUGCCACCACCACACUCUACUGGUGAAAGCUCUAACUAGCGCCGAGCACAACAAUGGCGCUACUUGCUAGCCCUUUCCUCCUCUCUCCUUCAACCAUUCGCAGAUUCAACCCUCUGAUUUACUCUCAUCGUCGCUUUGUCAACAAAGUCUCCUCUGUUCAAUUAUCUAAUUUCAAGCGUCGGCUUUUCUCCGUUUCAGCUUCGCAGAAUGACGUGUUUACCUCGCCGGAUGUUGCGAAAACGUUUGAUUUUGAAUGGGAGGAGCGCAUUUACAAUUGGUGGGAAUCUCAGGGUUACUUCAAACCAAAUUUGGAUCAAGGAGGUGAUCCUUUUGUUAUCUCGAUGCCUCCCCCUAAUGUCACUGGAUCAUUGCAUAUGGGGCAUGCAAUGUUCGUAACUCUUGAGGAUAUUAUGGUCAGAUAUCACCGCAUGAAGGGAAGACCUACAGUUUGGAUUCCUGGUACUGAUCAUGCAGGCAUAGCUACUCAGUUGGUUGUGGAGAGAAUGCUUGCUUCAGAGGGAAUAAAGAGAGCUGAUAUAGGCCGAGACGAGUUUGUUAAUCAUAUUUGGAAGUGGAAAGAGAAGUAUGGUGGAACCAUUACAAAUCAAAUCAAGAGGCUUGGGGCUUCUUGCGAUUGGACUCGAGAGCAUUUUACUCUUGAUGAGCGGCUAAGUCGAGCUGUGAUAGAAGCCUUUGUAAGGCUCCAUGAGAAAGGCCUAAUAUACCAAGGUUCAUACAUGGUAAAUUGGUCUCCUAAUCUUCAGACAGCUGUUUCAGACUUGGAAGUUGAAUAUUCUGAAGAACCGGGUGCUCUCUAUCAUAUUAAAUAUCGCGUGGCUGGAGGCUCAAGGGAGGACUAUCUGACAAUUGCAACGACAAGGCCAGAGACCUUAUUUGGAGACACUGCUAUUGCCGUGAAUCCCGAGGAUGAACGGUAUGCAAAAUAUGUAGGCUGUCAGGCAAUCGUCCCGAUGACAUAUGGUCGUCAUAUCCCAAUAAUUGCAGAUAAGUAUGUUGAUAGAGAAUUCGGGACUGGUGUCCUGAAGAUAAGCCCAGGGCAUGAUCAUAAUGACUAUCUACUAGCUAGAAAGAUUGGUCUCCCCAUACUUAAUAUUAUGAAUAAGGAUGGAACAUUGAACGAAGUUGCUGGACUUUAUUGUGGACUUGACCGUUUUGAGGCCAGGGAAAAACUUUGGAAAGAUCUUACCGAGACAGGCUUAGCUGUCAAAAAACAACCCCACACUUUGCGAGUUCCUAGGUCACAGCGAGGUGGAGAAAUAAUUGAGCCACUUGUUAGCAAGCAGUGGUUUGUAACUAUGGAGGCCUUGGCAGAGAAAGCCCUUCAUGCUGUUGAGAAAGGAGACCUAACCAUCAUUCCUGAUAGGUUUGAGAAGAUCUAUAACCACUGGCUAACAAAUAUCAAGGAUUGGUGUAUAAGCAGACAAUUGUGGUGGGGACACCGCAUACCAGUUUGGUAUAUCGUGGGAAGAGAUUGUGAAGAAGAAUAUAUAGUUGCCAGGAGUCAAGAAGAAGCACUUCAUAAGGCUCAACAGAAAUAUGGAAAAGAUGCAGAAAUCUAUCAGGACCCAGAUGUUCUUGAUACUUGGUUUUCCAGCGCUUUAUGGCCCUUCAGCACACUGGGAUGGCCUGACGUGUCACAGGAGGAAUAUAAAAUGUUCUAUCCGACAACAAUGCUUGAAACAGGGCAUGACAUAUUGUUCUUUUGGGUGGCGAGAAUGGUUAUGAUGGGAAUAGAGUUUACAGGAAACGUACCUUUUCGUUAUGUAUACUUGCAUGGCCUCAUUCGAGACUCUCAAGGAAGAAAGAUGUCUAAAACAUUGGGUAAUGUAAUCGAUCCCGUUGACACAAUCAAGGAUUUCGGAACUGAUGCUUUACGAUUUACUCUUGCACUAGGAACUGCUGGUCAGGACCUCAAUUUAUCAACUGAAAGAUUGACUGCAAAUAAGGCUUUUACUAAUAAACUGUGGAAUGCUGGGAAGUUUGUGCUACAGAAUCUGCCUAACCAAAAUGAUCCUUUAGCAUGGGAAACUUUGCGCAAAUAUGAGUUCGAUAAAGAAGAGUCAGUGCUCAGUUUGCGAUUACCCGAGUGUUGGGUGGUGUCAAAACUUCAUUUGCUGAUUGACCUAGUUACCACAAGUUACGACAAGUUUUACUUUGGAGAUGUUGCAAGAGAAACUUAUGAUUUCUUCUGGGGAGAUUUUGCUGAUUGGUACAUUGAAGCUAGUAAGGCUCGCCUCUACCAGUCUGAAGAUAACUCUGUAACCACUGCAGCACAAGCAGUGCUUCUGUAUGUCUUUGAGAACAUUUUGAAAAUACUGCAUCCAUUCAUGCCGUUUGUUACUGAGGCUCUUUGGCAGGCAAUCCCCAACCAGAAAGAGCCUCUGAUUGUAUCUUCAUGGCCAAAAACUUCACUUCCAUCAUAUUCAAAUGCGGUAAAAAGAUUUGAGAAUUUUCAAGCUUUGACUAGGGCUAUUCGUAAUGUCCGAGCUGAGUACUCGGUUGAGCCAGUGAAACGGAUAUCUGCAACUAUAGUUGCAAACCCCGAUGUUCUUCAGUAUAUGUCUGAAGAGAAAGAAGUUCUAGCUCUCCUAUCCAAGCUAGACCUGCAAGUCUUGAGCUUUGCAGAAUCACUUCCAGAAGAUGCAAACCAAUCAGUUCACCUAGUUGCCAGUGAAGGUUUGGAAGCAUAUCUACCUCUUGCCGAUAUGGUAGAUAUAUCUGCUGAAUUGCCGCGGCUUCACAAGCGUCUUCUUAAGAUGGAUGGGGAGUAUAAAGGGAUUAAAGCACGCCUUGGUUCACCAAAGUUUCUAGAGAAAGCGCCAGAAGAAAUCGUUAGGGCAGCUCAAGAAAAGGCCGACGAAAUGGAAGAGAAGAUAAAUUUGACACAAAAGCGUAUAGCUUUUCUUGAAUCAACAGCUUUGGUGACAAAAACAGCUUAGUUGAAAACGUUUUAGCUGUCAGAAGAAAAGAUGUAGAUGUUCAGGAGAUUUUGGACAUGUCACCUGUGAUAGCUAGGUACCAUUCAAGGCUUAAUAUGGUGAUUCAAAGCAACGCUAUCAUGCAAUUUUGACUCUUGUAAAUUCUUGUAUAGAGGUUGUUAAACAUAAAUCUUGAUUUUUAUUUUUUUAAUUGUACUUUUUUUUUAAGGUAAAAAUUACUUCAUUAAUAAAAUAGUCAUACGACAUCUACAAGAAAUCAAAACAAACAAAUGCAAAACAAUUUGGAUCAAACGAAAUUUUAAUCAAAACUCUA